UGCUGCGCAGCUCGUGCCACCGCCACACGUGGUCGCCGCGCCGUCCGAGCUGUGUGUGUGUGUCUCCGUGUGUGGAUCAGCGCCGAGCCGUGUGUGUGCGGGAGAAUUAGUACCGAGCCGUGUCUGUCUGUUCGUGCGGGAGAAUCAGCCCUCAGAGCAGUCUGUCCGAAAUAAUCAGCGCGUCGCACGGUAGCACAAUGGUGAAACUAGUCAAGGCAGGAAAAAAGCAGGCAAAACCAAAAAAGGCCGCACCACCUCCACCACCAGAGGAUUUUGAAGAGUCCAGUUCUGAAGAGGAGAGCGAAGAGGAGGAACUGCCAGCAGCUCCUGUUAAAAAGACUGCCACUCCAACUGUUAAGGCAACCCCACAAUCUGUCAACAAAAAGAAUGGCAAGGCUGUAAAAAAAGAGAGUAGUGAGGACGACGAUGACGAUGAAGAGGAUGAUGAAUCAGAAGAAGAAUCAGAAGAAGAAAAACCUGUUGCCAAGCAAGCUGCUAAUUUGAUUAAAAAAGUAGCUGAUGAGGAGGACGACGAUGAUGAGGAAGAUGAUGAUGAAUCUGAAGAGGAAGAGGCAAUGGAUACAGCACCUGCACCCAAAGUGAAAAAGGCUGGUAUGGUGAAAGUUAAGGAUGAUGAUGAUGAAGAGGAGGAAGAGGAUGAUGAUGAGGAUGAGGAUGAUGAUGAAGAAGAUGAGGACGACGAGGAGGAAGAUGCUGUGCCAGUGAAAGCAGGAAAGAGAAAGAAAGAUGAGCAGAAGCCAGUGACUCCAGCAAAAAAACAGAAGACUGGCAAUUGCGCUUUUUCACUUUUUGUUGGAAACCUGAAUUCUGAAAAAAACUUUGAAGAAUUGAAGAAAGCACUGAACGACUUCUUCACGAAAAAGAAGCUUACGGUUGCAGGUGUCCGAAUUGGAUCGAGCAGGAAAUUUGGUUAUGUGGAUUUUGAGACUGAAGAACAAUUGGAAAAGGCAUUGGAAUUUAAUGGCAACAAAGUGCUGGGGCAGGUGGUGAAACUUGACAGAGCACGCAGCAAGGAUAACAACCCAGGUAAUCAAGAUAGGGAUUGCAGAACAUUGUUUGCAAAGAAUCUUCCAUUCAAGAUAACUCAGGAUGACCUCAGAGAGAUUUUUGAAGAUGCUGUUGAUAUUAGGAUUCCAGUUGCUCGUGAUGGCUCGGGGACCCGAGGCAUUGCAUAUAUUGAAUUUGAAACUGAAGCAGCUGCUGAAGUGGCAUUGAAAGAGAAACAAGGCAUGGAUGUUGAAGGUCGGUCCAUCGUUAUUGACUUCACAGGCACCAAGAGUACAUUUGCUGCAAAGAGUGUGCAAACACGGCAAGGUUCUGAUACACUCAUGGUGAACAAUUUGGCAUAUUCUGCCACUGAAACGACCCUUCAGAAUAUUUUUGAGAAAGCAUCACUGAUCAAAAUACCAGAGAAGAAUGGCAAACCAAAAGGAUUUGCAAUUGUAAAGUUUGAAUCGCCUGAAGACGCAAAAGAAGCUCUUGAUAGUCACAACAAUACAGAGGUUGAGGGGAGAACUGUGAGGUUAGAAUUCUUCAACCAAGGACAAAGAGGUGGUGAUGGACCCAGUAAGACCUUAUUUAUUCGUGGCCUUUCUGAUGACACAACUGAAGACACGUUAAAAGAAGCCUUUGAAGGAGCUGAGAGUGCCAGAAUUGUGACAGACAGAGAUACCGGAAGAUCAAAAGGUUUUGGCUUUGUAGACUUUGCAUCUGAAGAUGAUGCAAAAUCGGCUAGGGAAACGAUGGAAGAUGGAGAAAUUGAUGGAUGCAAAGUUAUACUGGAUUUUGCUCGGCCCAAGACUGAUAGCCAGCGAGGUGGUGGUGGUGGUCGAGGUGGUGGUUUUGGUAGAGGAGGAAGAGGCCGCGGUGGAUUUGGUGGCAGAGGGCGAGGUGGAGGUCGUGGUGGAGGUCGCGGUGGAUUUGGAGGAUUCAGAGGUGGAAAGAUGGGCGGUGGUCCUCAAGGAAAGAAAAUAAAAUUUGACUAGACUGACAAGACUGCUAUACCAUGUUCAGACAGAGCCUCUGAUCCUCUCGAUCGGACAUUCCAGAGUUCUGCGUGGUCUCGAGAGCCCUGCAGUGGAGUGGUGGGAGCUCCAUGUUUCUGAAUGGACUUGCAAUUGACAGAAAUUGUUGGUACACCUUUGUGGAUUUUUGUCAAAUUUAUUAAGUAUUCUGUUUCACCAAUGUGUAAAUGUACUGUUCCCUAUGAUUUUUUUAGUUACAAUGUAAAUGCAAAAUAAUGUUUUAGAAUGUUGUGAUGACAUACUGUCUCUGAUGGAUUAAAAGAUCUUAUUUCAUGUUUUUGGUUUUCAAUAGUGCGCAUUAAACUGGUUAUUAAACUUUUUUAAAUACUUCAGUACUUCUAAAAUACUUAACCUAAAACGCCACCAAAACUUUGCAGCUGGCACUUCCGUUUUCAUACUGUGAAUGGCAAUGAUUGAAGGAGAUAACUUGUUUUGCAAUUCAAUUUUGGGCAUUGUUGCAAUUCAACAAGUAACUGGCAGACAACUGGUCUAAUUCUCCAUUUUUUAAAUGCAUAAAUCCAGGGCCAGUGCACAGCUCUGCCAGGAUUAACUAAUGGGCACAACUCCAGAUUAACGUUGCAGUCUUCCUGUGUUGCUUACCUGGCCUUUUUUAUUUUCUGGGGAAAAUUUGCCAACUGGCCUUGGUUUUGUCAAAGUCUUUCAUGUGCUUCCAACUUGACUAAUGAGGUAAGCAAGUGGCUUGGUGUAAUUUCAGUCAUACAGCACAGAAGCGGACCCAAGGUCAGUCCUAUUUGGUCCAUCUCUCUCCAACUGUUCCUAUCCAUCUAUCCAUGUACAUGCCCAACUGUCUUAAAUAUUUUUUUUUACCUGUCUCAAUUAUGUUGCCAUCCGGGUAAUCCAUCAGGCCCUAUUUACAAUUACAAACACUCCUAUUCAUUUGGUAAUGUAAAACUGGAAGUCAGGGUUGAAGGUUGACUAAGUAAGUACUUGAAUCAGUGGGUUUAUAGGCAUUAUUCAUGAUAGUCCAACAUGCACCACAGUUAAAGCAAUGGCUAAUUCUUGCAGGAAUGCUGAAAUGGUCCUUUCCAACCAAGUAAAUGCUUUAUAAAGAAUUCUCUGCUUAGAGUUUUUAAGUAUUUAUAAUUAUAUUCCCAUCUUAUAGAAAGCAAGAGCACCUUGAUUUUCUGUCUUUCAGAUAUGUGAUGAGCUUUUCUAUGCUCCCUAGCAUAAAGGGAUAACUUUAUAUUGGGUUUUGUACCUUUGACUUUUCCAUUUGUUUCAUGUUGAUACAUUUGGGAUUGUAGAUUUGGGAGAGCUGUAGCUUGAGUCAACUGUAUAUACACGGAUUUUUGAAUUUUUACAAAUUAAAGUAUCCAAGGUGCAA